AUGUCUGAAAUUACCGUCGGAAACUACCUCUUUAACCGCAUCAAACAAGUCGGCGUCGAUUCCAUCUUUGGCCUUCCAGGUGACUUUAACCUCGCCCUCCUAGACAAAAUCUAUGAGGUCCCUGGACUCCGCUGGGUCGGAAACACAAAUGAACUUAACGCCGGUUACGCCGCAGACGGUUAUUCCCGUAUCAAUGGCCUCUCUGUUCUUAUCACCACUUUUGGUGUAGGUGAACUUUCUACCCUUAACGCCAUUGCCGGUGCUUAUGCUGAACAUGUCGGCCUCGUCCACAUUGUAGGUGUCCCAGCAACUUCCUCCCAACAAAAACACCUGCUCCUUCACCAUACCCUCGGUAACGGCGACUUCCAUGUCUUUGACCGUAUGUCUGCAGGUAUUUCAGAAAAAGUCUACCUCCUCACGGAAAAUAAGGACAUCCCAGCCCUCAUUGAUGACGCAAUCCACACCGCCAAACUUAAACAAAGACCCGUCUACAUUGCCAUCCCAACAAACGUCGGCGAACUUAAAGUCCCUAAAUCAAAACUCGACACUCCUAUCGACUUUAGUCUUCCUCCAAAUGACCCAGAGGCCGAACUCGAAGCCCUUGAGGAAGUUGAAAAGUCAAUUGCUGCUGCUAAAAACCCAAUCAUUCUUGUCGAUGCUUGCGCUUACCGUCAUGGCGCCGUAGAAGAAACUAAUGCCUUGGCAAAACUUACAAAGUUCCCCGUCUUCACCACCCCUAUGGGCAAGUCUGUCAUUGACGAAGACUAUGAACGAUACGGAGGUGUCUAUGUCGGCUCUCUUUCAUCCCCAGAAGUCUUCAAGGCUGUCGAAGCUGCUGACCUUAUUCUUUCUGUCGGUGCUCUUCUCUCGGAUUUUAACACUGGCUCUUUCACUUACUCUUACAAGACUAAAAAUAUUAUCGAGUUCCACUCAAACUACAUUCAAAUCCGUAGAGCAACCUACGAAAAUGUCUCUAUGAAACCCCUCCUCGCUAAACUUGUUUCCCAACUUACCCCUCCAGACUUGCCUUUGGCCCCAGUCCCCAAGCUUGCCCGUGAACCCGCAGAGCCUGCAACUGAAACUCCACUCACCCAUAAGUAUCUUUGGCCCCGUAUCUCGGGCUUUUUGCAAUCCGGCGACAUUAUCAUCACGGAAACUGGUACUUCCUCCUUUGGUGUCACAAGCAUCGUCUACCCUGCAAAAGUCAAUGGUAUUUCCCAAGUCCUUUGGGGAUCCAUUGGUUACUCUGUUGGUUGUGCUCUUGGUGCUGCUUUGGCUGCUCAAGAACUCGACCCCUCCCGUAGAGUUUUGCUCUUUGUUGGUGACGGUUCGCUCCAGCUUACCCUUACUGCCAUCUCCACCAUGGUCCGCUGGAAAACAAACCCUUAUUUGUUUGUUCUUAACAAUGACGGUUACACCAUUGAGCGUCUUAUCCAUGGCCCUGAGUCUUCUUAUAAUGAUAUCAAAUCUUGGGACCACCAGCUUAUCUUGCCCUUGUUUAAGGCUGACCCUGAAACAAGUGAGUCGAUUGUUGUUAAGACCAAGAAGGAUUUGGAUACACUUUUCACUGAUGAAAAGUUUAAGGUGCCCAAUAAAAUCCGUCUUAUCGAGCUCAUGCUUGACCGUUUGGAUGCCCCAGAGUCGCUCUACAAGCAAGGUGAACUUACCUCCAAGACCAAUGCUAGUUAG